AUGCGACGCGGCCGUGGGGAUGCAGAGGGUGACUCGUCGGAUGACGAGGAAGAGGUUGACAUGAUGGGAAAUAGCAGUGACGAGGAAGAGAAAGACAGUGGCAGCGACAGCGGAGAUGAGAGCAGCAGUGGCAGCAGCGACGAGGAGGAAGGAGAGACAAAGCAACAAACAAAGGAAGGUGGAGAUGAAAGUGACGACAACAACGAGAGUGAUGACGACAGCAGCAGUGACAGUAGCAGUGACAGCAGCAGUGGCAGUAGCAGUGACAGCGAUGAAGAUGAGAAAGAGGAGGAAGAAGAGCCAAAGCUGAAAAAGGCAAAGGUGACAUCGCCUCAGCAACAGCAGGAGAAACCAAAGGAGAAGAAGAAGAAGCAGCAGCAACAACAAGAACAAACACAGACCAAGAAGAAGAAGAAGAAGCCAUGGGAAAAGAGCACCACCGCUGUCGAGGACAAGGGCGAUGCGCCGGGGCUGGGCUUCAGGCGCCGACUGCCAAAGCCCGCAUCGGACACCGACGAGACCGACACAAGCACCAGCACAGCCGCAGCACCCAAGAAAACGAAAGACAAGAAAGACAAGACGAAGAAAGACACGAAGCAAACGGAUGACAAAGGCGACAGCGACCAAGACAAGCAAAAGAAACAGAAGAAAGCAAAGAGCAGCAGAUACAUUCUCUUCGUCGAGGUCAAGGAUGUGCGGCUGCUGACGAAGAAAGGCACCAACGAACCACGUGGCUGUGCUUUCGUCGAGUUUUUCGACAGCGCCGGCCUCUGGAAAGGGAUCAAGUUCAACAAGACGGUUCUCAACGAUAAGCACUUGAAUGUCGAGUUUACUGCGGGCGGCGGCGGCAAGAGCGAAGAACGCGUGCAGAAGCUCAAGUCCUUGCGAAGGAAGAAGCAGCACAUCAUGGACCAGGUACCGUCGUCUGCACGUGGUCAAGGACAAGGCGGUCGAGAGGAGUACACAGCGGUACUGGGGAACAGGAGCAGGGUGGAUGGGAGCUGGGCGGGUGUGCACCGCUCUGUGUCAGGUUGA